CUAUAACACGAUCUAUGUGGAGCAACUAAUUUCUUCCUCUGCCCCGAUCAAAACAAGUAAACACAAAUCUAAUCUUCGCGUCACCGUUUGAGUUCUUUCUCUCUUAUCUAGGGCUCUUCUUCUUCUUCUUCUACAAGCUUCGUCCAUUAAACAUGAGUCGUCAUCCUGAAGUGAAGUGGGCCGAGACCACUGACAAGAUUUUCCUCACCGUAGUGUUGGCUGACUCCAAGGAGACUAAAGUUAAUCUUCUCCCUGAAGGUGUCUUUGAUUUCUCGGCAAAAGCUGGUCCUGAAAACCACGUUUAUGAACUCAAACUCGAACUUCACGACAAAGUCAACGUUGAGGAAAGCAAAAUCAACAUCGGAGUGAGAAGCAUUUUCUGCAUAAUAGAGAAAGCAGAGCCGGAAAGGUGGAACAAGCUAAUCCGCGGUGGGAAAGCGCCACACUAUGUCAAGAUUGAUUGGGACAAGUGGGUAGAUGAGGACGAUGAAGGCACCGCUGGUGCUGGAGAUAUGGAUAUGGGAGGAAUGGGCGGAAUGGAUUUCUCGAGCUUGGCCGGUAUGGGCGGUAUGGGCGGAAUGGCCGGCCUUGAAGGACUUGGUGGUAUGGGUGGACUUGGCGGUAUGGGUGGAAUGCCCGGACUUGAAGGACUUGGCGGCAUGGGAGGUAUGGGAGGAAUGGGAGACGGCAUGGGAGGCAUAGAAGAUUUUGAAGACAGUGAUGAUGAGGAAGAAACUGCAAAAUCAGGAGACAAAAAAGAUGAAGCCGCCGUUAAGGAGGAAACGAAGCCAGUAGAUGUGAAGUGAAGAAGACACUCUUCCUUCCAGAAAUUAUUGUUUUCAAGUUUGUUAGCUAAGGGUUUACUAUUAGAUUCUUAAGUUUAUGAUCAAACCCUCUGAUUUUACUUCUUUUAAAAAUUAUGUUACUCUUGUUUUGCUUUUAUGGAUUUGGUUCAAUU